UUCCCUUCUGUUUACCUCGACGAAAUUCCUUUCAACUUUCAUUCACAUCUCACCCACAUCCCGCCGCCACCACGACCAUUUCCACUCACUACCCCCCGUAUCUUUCUUUUACAAGCGUCAACGAAAACAAUAUCAAUUAUUCUACUAUUCGCAUUCACUACCGUUAACAAUGCCUCCCAAAACCGUAAGAGCAAAGGUGAGCAAGGAAGACGGUCGUUUGUCACAACGAGAAAUCGAGAUUGUCGCGAUGGCGUGGUGUUCAGUCAAGUCCGCCAAGGAUGGCAAACCCGUCGUCGACUUCCCCAAGUUCACCAAGAUGGCAGGGUACAAGACCGCCGACUCAGCGCGCCACGCCUGGCGUCCAGUCGAGAAAAAACUCGAAGCGAUCGCCGCAGCAUCCAACGCCCACCCCGAGCCCGACAGCGCCCCUACCACCCCUGUCGCGGGUCCAAGCGCCUCUGUCGCCACCCCGCCUAAGCGCAAGAGCGGUCCUUACAUCGGCGACGACGCGACUAGGCAAGGCAUCGUCGCGAAGAAGUCGCGCUAUGCGCUCUCUCAGGAACCCAUGCGUCCCCACAAGAAGAAGGGGACUCUUGUUGCUGCUGUCAAGACUAAGGCUAGGGAGGAGGAGGAUGAGGCCGAUCUGGCUGCUGAGGAUAGCUGGAAUGAGUAUGAGAGCUUUGACGAGAUUGGGGAUGGCGAGGCUUAGAUCUUUCGUCUGGAGGCUGGUUUCCUCUGGUCGUUUGAGAUGAUGGGUCGUGGUCGUCGAGGAUCCGUUGUGUUGUGUGUUUCGCUUCUCGGCUUGGAGGGUGGAUGGCGUGGAGUACUGGUCAAAGGAGUUGGUGGGGAUUGCUUUUGCUGUAGGUAGUUAGCACUCUGGUGUGCUGGAUUUCGCGGUGGGAAUGCGAUUAGUCCACAUUAAAAUGUGUAUGUGACGUUGGUCUUUGAUUAUAUUUUGUGAUUUGUUAACUCCUAGUAUCUAAGAUUGCAAGCAUGAGUCUUCUACUGAUGCUUGAUGACUCGCUCGUAUUAGGCAUCAUACGUAGUUGAAUAUGCC